CGAACUAGAGAGCAAACCAACCUGACUCGACGACACGUUGUCGUUGCUUCUUGCAGUCCUCUCGUUCAUUCGUGUACGUUCACUCAACUUCGCACUCGUAGAGGACAAAUAACUGAACUAUAUUCGACAUAUUUCUCUCUGUCAUGGCCGAUCUGAGCCUCGAGACCAAGGGUCGACCCGUCGGCGGCACCGAGUACAGCUGGUGCCGGGCCGUGCCAGGCGGCACCGGCAUAACUGUCGUCGCUCUCCUCCUUUCCGGCGCCCUCGAACCAUCAUCUCUCCAAAACGCCCUCAACAAACUUCAAAAUUCUCACCCCAUCCUCCGCUCCAAACUCACCCACAACGCCACCACCAACUCCUUUUCCUUCACCAUAUCCCCCACUCCCUACCUCCAAAUCCAAUCCUUCGAUGUCUCCUUCACUUCCCAUCUCCUUCACAGCAACCACUCCGUCUCCCCUUUCCACCGUAUCGUCGAGCACGAACUGAACCAGAACCCCUGGUCUGCAGAAGACUUACAACCGCCGGUCCAUCCCGAAACGGAUGUCUUCUUUGCAAGCCUCUACGCUCUACCCGAUAGGAAGUGGGUCGUAACCCUUCGGCUUCACACGUCAGUCUGUGAUCGCAGGUCGGCGGUUUCUCUGCUUAACGAACUGUUGGGUUUGAUAGCAGGAGAAGGGAAAGAGGAUAAAAAAGGGAUAGAACAGGAAGUAGGGAAGGAAGAUGAGGUUAGUUUGGGAAUUGAGGCGCUCAUCCCGAGUGGGAAAGCUAAUAAGCCGUUUUGGGCGCGUGGAGUGGAUCUUCUUGGUUACUCGUUGAAUUCAUUCAGAUUUGUGAAUUUGGAUUUUAAGGACACGACCGCCUCUCUCCGGUCGUCGGAGGUGGUGUCGUUGCAGAUGGACCCAGAUGAGACCCGUCGCCUUCUUACUUUCCACGGUUCCACCUUCCACCUUCAAUUUGAAGAUAGAAUGGAGAGGCGGAGGCGGAGUAGCGUCUUGGGUACGGGACUACUGGAUAACGCAUGCAAGGCACGAGAUAUUAAGCUUUGUGGUGCAUUAGCAGCUGCUGCAUUGAUCGCAGCACGUUCAUCUAGAGACCUUCCUGAUCAGCAGCAAGAGAAGUAUGCAACUGUUAUCCUUAUCGAUUGUCGAAACCUUCUAGACCCACCCCUUCAAUACAAUCAUCUUGGGUUUUAUCACUCUGCCAUCCUAAACACCCAUGACAUCAAGGGAGGAGAGGAUCUCUGGGAGUUAGCAGAGAGAUGCUACAUGAGCCUGAGCAAUUCAAUGAAGUCCAACAAGCAUUUCUCAGACAUGGGUGACCUCAACUUCCUCAUGUGUAAGGCCAUUGACAACCCACGCCUCACCCCCUCUUCCUCCAUGAGAACAUCCCUUAUCUCUGUGUUUGAGGAUCCUGUGACAGAUGAUUUCAAUGAAUUACAUCAUGAGAUUGGAGUAGAAGACUACAUCAGUUGCUCUUCGGUUCAUGGCGUGGGCCCCUCCAUUGCUGUGUUUGAUAGGUUACGUGAUGGACGGUUGGAUUGCGCUUGUGUGUACCCAUCACCUCUGCAUUCAAGGGAACAGAUGCUGGAGCUGGUUGACAACAUGAAGAGGAUGCUGGUGACAGGGAGUGGUUAAGUUGGAGGGGAGAAAAUAGAAAAUCACGCAUAAAUCAGAUUUCAAUUUUCAAGCAGGGAAGGGAACAACAACGGAUUAUUAUGAUCAUGGGCCAAUUGGGCCUAUUUCUGGCCCAGUUAUUUUUAUGGACAGCUUAAAUAGUUCAAAUGUUUUGUGAAUGUACCAACACUUGCACAACACAUAAGCAAUCUCAUUUGCCACUCAACACUUGCACAACACUUAAGCUUAGUUUGGAAGGAGUACAAAUACAAAUAUGUACAAUACAAUAAUAUAGGGUUUUGCGCUCUACAUAUUUGUAUUUAUUAUCCUUCCAAAUGGAACCUUAGUCAUGCACCGGGAUUUAUUAAUUAGCUUAGAUGUUCUCUC